GAUGACCCUUGACAUAUAAGGGAAUGUUGGCACGGCAACGGCUGACGUCCCUGAGUCUAAAAACAGACUGAGAGCUCAGGGAGCUGCUAAAGGCCUCCACACUCGUCUGCUGCUGCAACUUUCUCUUGUAUUUUCUCUAGGACACCUCCUCUUCCUCACCUGUCCUUUCUAGGUGUCAGUGUCGUUCUCUGCCCUCAUGGAGAGUCUGGAGAAGCAGCUCAUCUGUCCCAUCUGUCUGGAGAUGUUCACCAAGCCUGUGGUCAUCCUGCCAUGUCAACACAACCUGUGCCGCAAGUGUGCCAACGAUGUGUUCCAGGCAUCCAAUCCCUACCUAUCCACGAGGAGCGGCUCCACAGUGACGUCAGGUGGACGUUUCCGCUGCCCGUCCUGCAGACAUGAGGUGGUUCUGGACCGACAUGGUGUUUAUGGACUGCAGAGGAACCUGCUGGUGGAGAACAUCAUCGAUAUGUACAAACAGGGCAGCACCAGUAAGCCGGUGCCUGAGAAGAAGCAGGAGCAGCCGAUGUGUGAGGAGCAUCAGGAUGAGAAGAUCAACAUUUACUGCAUCACCUGCAGCGCCCCCACCUGUUCCCUCUGCAAAGUGUUUGGAGCUCACAAAGACUGCCAGGUGGCUCCGCUCAGCGAUGUCUUCACCAAGCAGAAGGCAGAGCUUACUGAUUGCAUCUCCAUGCUGGUUGGGAACAACGAGAGGAUCCAGGCGAUCAUCAGUCAGCUGGAUGAGACCUGCAGAGCUGUGGAUGAGAACGGCCGGCGGCAGAAGUCAAAAGUGUGCGAGACAUUCGACCACUUGUUUGCACUACUGGAGGAGAAGAAAGCUGAGAUGACGGUGAGGGUCAACAGUGAGCAGGAGGAGAAGCUCAACUACAUACGCAGUCUGAACAGGAAGUACAGCGAACACCUGGAGGGAACCGCUAAGCUGGUGGAGUCUGCCAUCCAGACCAUGGAUGAGCCCGAAAUGGCAGUUUUUCUUCAGACGGCCAAACCUCUGCUGCAGAAACUGCUGCAGUCCACAGAAACGUCUCACCUGGAUAAAGUCCAGCCUGGAUACGAGAACAUGGAACACUUCACGGUGAACUUUGAGCCUCAGAGGCAGGCGCUGGCAAUUGUUGACUUCAUCAAACUUGAUGAAGAUGAUGAUGACAGCGAAGAAGAGGUGGAAGCAAGUGGGCCACAGCCGCAGUUUGCACCUGCAGCAGCCAAUCAGCAGCCCCCACUGGCACCUCCCUCAGCCACGCCCCCUCACAAACCGUCAGAGACCCCCUCGCCAUCAUCACUGCCAUCCACUCAGGCCCCGCCCCCUCUACCUCUCCCCACUGCCAGCUCCCCCCAGUCAGAACAGCAAAGUGAGCUGGAGAACAAAGAUGGACCCAAACAUGUCUUCUCAUUCAGCUGGCUCAACCAAAAGUAAGACCAUGUGAUUCAGGAGAAGCAGGGAACCUGUGGAACCUGGAGAAAUGAGAGCUUCGAGGUUCCUGAGGAACCUGAACAAUUUGAGAAACCUGAGAAAACUAAGGAACAUGGAGAACCUUGUGAACUUGGAAAACCUGACUAGUCUGAGUAUGCUGAGAAACCUGGAUAAACCAGACUUGUUCUCUCUGUUCAGGACUUGAUCUUCUUAUUUCGCUGGUGUGUCUGUGUGUUAGAAACAACAGAACCCUUCAUCAAGCCGUUUUCUUCUUUACUUAUUCAGAAUUUUGUUGGACUGAAGAUUCUUAGAACUUCUGAGGAACCUUGAGUGAAAUGUCUUCAUCGUGGUGCUGCUGUUGUUCUACUAUUAAACAUCUGUCACUGAUUUAUUGUUUUACUGCAGAAAAAUAUUUUAAACUCUAUCAUCUGCAUAAAAACACCCCAUAAAUGAUGAAAUUCUCUCCAUCAUGUUCUACUUUUGCCCAUCGGACUUUGUGGGUCUCGUUGUGUGUUUGGACAUCAUUUAAAGAAAAAGUGCUAGAACCGUCUGCACAAACCAAAUUAUCAUGAAGAUCUGCUCCUGAAACAGCUUCUCUGUGUUCUGACAGUUUUUCUGUAAUAUUUGUGCAAUAAAAGGGAAAAGAGGGACGUCUGGGUGUCUCUGCUGAGUCUGCUGCCCCCGCGACCCGGUUGAAGGAUGAAGCGGAAGACGACGAGUACAAGAACCCAUAUUUCUAACUGUCUGUUCCUGUGUAUCAGAGCUUUUGAGGUGAUCCACAGAUCCAGGUUCUGUUUCAGACUGCAGUAAAAUCCCUCUUCCAGCUAGGUAUAAAAAGACAGACUUCAGACUACUAAGUCAGCUGGUGGUUCCACCUGACUCCAAACGGUUCUGCAGGUUUCUUUGGGUCUCUAUCUAGGGCCAGAUUUAAAAGCUCUGUCCUGAUUAUAAACCUUCCAACAUCAGAGAUACUGAUUGAUUCAUAUUUGUUUGGGUCAAUGCUGAGCUCUGCCAGAACCCAUGUCUCCGUGACAACGACCUGAUCACAAGGAGCUGAAGUUAUAAAAUAUUCUACAGCUUUAAAGACAGUUUAGAUGCAGAAAAUAAAUCAGAAGAUUGUUAUAGAAAUGUAGUUCCUUGCUUGAUUUACUCCUUGAUUCUCUACAGGAACUGACAAAAGUAUUAGAACCCCUCAGUGUUGAUCCAUUCUUCUCUUAUUUAGUCUUAGAGUAAUGGUUUCUCAGCCUUCUGCUUGCAGCCAUGUGAGAUAAUAUGUACGCCACACUAUUAAGAUUAUGUCUGGGACAACAGGUCUCAUGAGAGGCACCUUGAAAACUGUUGUAGCUUCUAGGAGAACUUUUACUUUGUCUGGUCACAAUGAUUUAGCAGCACUACUGAGAACUUCUCCAAUGCUGUAAAAUCCUUUUCUCUUGCAAGAUUAAAAUAAAGCUGAUUCUGAGGGACAA